AUGGAAAUGGAAAUUGGAUCAAGACCUGUCUCGGUCGAGUAUCUCGCUUCUGGGGCCAAUCGACAAACGGCUGUUGCGGAUUGGAGUCGAUGUGGUAUCUUGGCCUUUGGAACUGAUAUCAAUGUUGCUUUAUGGCGACCUUUGUCGGAUCCGCCUAAGGGAGUUAGCAAGUUACUCAACGGGCACAAGAGCACCGUCAAGGCCCUGACUUUUCUUCCUGAACAAGACCAAGAUGAAAGCUCCUAUCUCAUCUCUGGAUCAGAUGAUAAGACUUUGAUUCUCUGGAAGGCACCGCGGGACAGUGAGGACUUCAAGCCUAUUCACACCGCAGCUGAACACACUGCUGCCAUCAACUGCAUCGCUGUUUUGAGGAUCAAGGGGGCUCGUAAAUGGAUUAUCGCAACCGGAGGUGCAGAUGCUUCCAUAAAGAUCUGGAGCCUUGAGAAUGAUCAACUGUCACUUCUUCAAAGCGUCAAGACGACACCCAAGUACUUCCCCAUGUGCCUAUCGCUCAGUUAUGCUGGCGACGAGGACGACCUUUUGGUGUUGGCAUCCGCAGGCACAAAGGAUAUUAUCCAGAUUCACACAGCCGAGGCGAAAUCAGACAAGAUCCAGUUCAAUGUCCAAGCAAACCUGUCUGGACACGAGGGUUGGAUACGGAGCUUGAGCUUUGCAAAGGAGACAACCGCCCCUGAGAGCGAUUUGCUCCUCGCUUCAGCAAGUCAAGACAAGUACAUCCGUAUCUGGAGACUCCACCAGGGCAAAGAACUACCUGCUGCCGCGGCCAGCGGUUCAGACCCUUUAAGCGAUGCCUACCUGCCUGGCAAAUCCCCUUCCAAUAAAGCCCACCGUCUUAACUCAGCUGGCAAGGACUUCUCCAUCACCUUUGAAGCUUUACUUCUGGGCCACGAGGACUGGAUUUACAGCGCACGCUGGCAAAGACAGGAGGAUGGAAAGCUUCAGCUGCUGUCUACCUCGGCUGAUAACUCCCUUGCCAUCUGGGAAGCUGACCCAAGCUCUGGGAUCUGGAUUAGCAUGGCGAGACUCGGCGAGAUUAGCAGAGAAAAGGGUGCUACGACAGCCACAGGCAGCACAGGCGGCUUCUGGACAGGCCUGUGGUCGCAUGAUGGCAAGUCGGUGGCCUGUCUCGGCCGUACUGGAAGUUGGAGACGAUGGGAAUACAUCGUUGCAGAAGACCUUUGGCGGCCAUGCGUUGCCGUAUCAGGACACACCAGAGCUGUUACCGGUGUCACAUGGGCCAAGAACGGAGAGUACAUCCUAUCAACGAGUUCAGACCAGACGACACGACUGCACACGCGCUGGGACAGACCAGGAAACGAAACAUGGCACGAAAUGUCCCGGCCUCAGAUCCACGGCUACGACCUCAACUGCAUCGACUCCGUGGGAGCGUCCCAGUUCGUUUCAGGGGCUGAUGAGAAGCUAAUGCGAGUCUUCAGUGAGCCCAAGGCUGUUGCCUCCAUGCUUAACCGUCUCGCAGGUAUUGGAGGCAGUAUGGAUGUUCAGAACAUGCCUGACGCUGCCAACAUGCCAGUCCUGGGUCUGUCUAACAAGGCCAUUGAUACCGUGGAGGACGAUCAAGAGAUCCAGCCCAUUGAUGACCGAGACCGUGAAGCCAUGGACCCAGCUUCGAUAGUCAAGAAGUCGCACCUGGAGAUUGACCACCCCCCUUUCGAAGAGACACUCUCACGACAUACUCUCUGGCCCGAGACCGAGAAGCUCUACGGACACGGCUACGAGAUCUCCUGCCUUGCAGCCAGCCACGACGGCACCCUCGUCGCCAGUGCAUGCAAAGCCAGCUCGACCAACCACGCCGUCAUCCGUCUCUUUGAAACAACCCGCUGGACUGAGCUUCGACCGCCCCUGACCGCACACUCCCUUACAGCCACCCGUCUCCGAUUCUCUUAUGAUGACCAGUUCCUUCUGAGUGUAGGCCGUGAUCGCCAAUGGGCCGUCUUCGAGCGCGCGCCCGAGGAAGAGGCUGCGUACAAGCUCCUCCAGAUCAACCCCAAGGGCCACGCUCGUAUGGUUCUCGAUGCAGCAUGGGCACCAGCGCCAUCUACAGCGCCCGUGUUCGCGACGGCCGGUCGUGACAAGCAGGUUCGCAUAUGGGCGGCUAAGGCUAACGAGGAUGGAAAAUUGCAGUUCUCCCAGACUGCUUCCAUCGUGACCGCCUCACCGGUUACCUCGGUCGAUUUCAUUCCCCAGGUUGUUGAAGGACGGUUUGUACUUGCUAUCGGCACAGAGCUUGGCCAACUGAACCUGUGCAUAAUCAAGGAGGAUGGAACUGACGUUGUUGAGAAGCCCGCCUGUGAAGAUUACUGCUUGCCCAAGGCCGUACACCAACUCGCAUGGCGCCCUGUGGCAAGAGACGAUACAGACAGGCCAUACGAGCUAGCCAUUGCAGGUGAAGAUAGUUCACUUAGAGUGUAUGCUUUUAGCCUGGCAUACUUCAAAGUGUCUACAGACUCGUCGCAAUAA